AUGUCAAGGGAUCCGAUUGAGAGGUUUUCUCCUUCCAGAAAAGAUGGAAUUGACGCCUUACAGGAAACUCAUUUGCGCUACUGUUACUGUGCGUUUCUUCAGAACCUUGGAAUUCGUCUUGAUCUCCCACAAACUACUAUUGGAAUUGCUAUGGUUCUAUGCCACCGUUUUUUUUGUAUAGAGCUGAUUGCUACUGCUGCUCUUUUUCUUGCUGCAAAGGCGGAGGAGACACCUUGCCCUCUGAAUGAUGUAUUGAGAGUGUCCUCUGAAAUUUUCCACUAG